GGCUGCGGACCGAGCUAACGUCGGCCCUCUGCAGACCCUCCGCCGUCCCGGAAAAUGGCCUCGGUCUGCAUCCCCGCCUGCACCAGGGCGCUGCUGCUGGACAUCGAAGGCACGACCACCCCGAUCACCUUCGUGAAGGAUGUUUUGUUCCCGUACAUCCGGGAGCAUCUGGAGGAUCAUCUGUCGUCGCACUGGGAGGAAGACGAGUGCAAGCAGGACGUGCACCUGCUGAAGAAACAGAUCGAGGAGGACAUGAGGCAGAACCGGGCGUGUCCCAUGCACGCCGUGGACCAGACGGUGCACACGGACGAGGAGAAGGCCAUCCGCGAGGUGGUGGAGAACGUGCUGUGGCAGAUGGCGGCGGACAGGAACUCCACGGCGCUCAAGCGGCUGCAGGGUCACAUGUGGAGGGCGGCGUACUCUUCAGGAGAAUCAAAGGCGAGUAAGCUCUACCAGGACGUGGUUCCGUCCAUCAGGUUGUGGCGCGCGCCGGGUCUGAAGGUCUUCAUCUACUCGUCGGGCAGCGUCGAGGCCCAGAAGCUGCUGUUCGGAUACUCAGUGGAUGGAGACGUGCUGGAGGUCGGCUGUUCGACGGGACACUUCGACACCAACGUCGGCGCCAAAGUGGAGAGUAAAAGCUACGAGAGCAUCGCCGAGCGGAUCGGCGUUCCCCCGGAGGAGAUCACCUUCCUGACCGACGUCUCUCGAGAGGCCAAGGCGGCGGAGGAGGCGGGGCUUAACGUGGUGCUGGUGGUCCGCCCGGGGAACCUGGAGCUGACGGAGGAGGAGCGCUCCCACUACAGCCUCGUCACCUCCUUCAGCCAGCUGCAGCUGUCAGGAUGAAGGAGGUCCCUGUGUGCCCCGCCCCCCCUCCCUGUUUCUCUUUCGUUCUGUUGGUGAUGGCGGGACUGCUAGCCUCUCGGCGGCUAACGGGGCGAGCUAGCCUUGCCCGUCCUUGUACAGAUUCCUGUUUUUGGACCAUUUCACUGACGGAGCAGCUGUAGCAGCAGAAUAAAACCUCACCUGCACGCCCUGUGACGGUACCUUUCUACCUUUUAGACGGACUGUAUCCCACCUGCCAAGCCUCUGGGUGUGUGGGUGUGUGUGUGUGUGUGUGUGUGUUUUGUAGACGUCCCCUUCCUCCACGUGUGUGUCACAGAUGUUCCGUCCAGUGGUUCCACUGUCACGUUUUAGGAACUAGAGACAGAACGCUCUCCUGUCAUGUCUGAGUGUACCCUCACAGGUGAGUGGCGUCUGUUUAAAUGUGGCGUCGUCUGUUUAAAUGUGACAUUUUUGUAGCUCAUUUGUAUCGUGACUCCCUGGCGAAAUCCUUAAAGAAAAAAAAAAAACCUAAACGUGGCCAAACUCAUAAUUUAUGUAUGGAACUUGCUUCUUCUGAUGUAC